AUGAUUCUCUGGCCACUGCCCGCAAGCUCUCUCAUCCAUUUAGGAACGAGAUGUGCUGCGAGGAGGCGGUGGAAAGUCUUCCAUGAUCCAUUUCCUGGCGUUUCCCACUUCCUUUGAAGAAUAAGACUCCAAAAUGGUUAACGUUCCGAAGCAGCGGAAGACCUUCUGCAAAAAAUGCAAGAAGCAUAAGCUUCACAAGGUUACCCAGUACAAGAAAUCAAAGGAAAGGACCGCCGCCCAGGGCAGAAGACGUUAUGACCGUAAGCAGCAGGGUUAUGGUGGUCAGACCAAGCCCAUCUUCAGGAAGAAGGCGAAGACCACAAAGAAGAUUGUGUUGAGGAUGGAAUGCGCUGACUGCAAGUACCGUAAGCAGAUUCCCCUUAAGCGCUGCAAGCACUUCGAACUUGGUGGUGACAGGAAGAGGAAGGGCCAGAUGAUCCAGUUCUAAUUUUGUCAUCUUUUCCUUUAUUAAAUAAGUUAAACCCA